UAGAUGUCAACUGCCGUAAAACCCCAAAGAAGAAGAAGAAGACGUAACCAGUAGAACGACGACGUUCUGCCUUCCGUGGACGUAACCAGGAAGAGCCUGCUCAGUUUCCAACAUGCUAACAGACGAUAACAAUGACGAAGACGUGUCUCUGUUUGACGCGGAGGAGGAUGCAGGGAAACGGUCAAAGAAAACCAAUAUUAGGCAUCCAGUGGCGUCCUUCUUUCACCUGUUCUUCAGAGUGAGUGCCAUCAUCGUCUACCUGCUCUGUGAGAUUUAUAGUAGCAGUUUCAUCGCCUGCAUGGUCACAAUAAUCCUUCUGCUCUCCUGUGACUUCUGGACAGUGAAGAACAUCACCGGGAGAUUGAUGGUUAGUCUGCGGUGGUGGAACCAGGUGGAUGAUGACGGACGCAACCACUGGGUGUUUGAGUCUAGGAAGGGCACUGGGAAGCAACAGGCGGCAGAUUCUGAGUCCCGAAUCUUCUGGAUCGGACUGAUUGUUUGUCCGGUCCUCUGGGUCGUCUUUGCUUUCAGCACCCUGUUUUCCUUUAAGAUUAAAUGGGUGCCUGUGGUGAUCAUGGGCGUGGUGUUGCAAGGCGCCAACCUCUACGGCUACGUGCGCUGUAAAGUGGGAAGCAGGACCAGCUUAAAGAAUAUGGCUACAAAUUAUUUUGGGCGACAGUUCCUCAAACAGGCGCUGUCUAAAGAAGAGGAAUCGUAGAGUGCAGCUCUGCGAUUUUUAACCAUUUUGCAUUGUUAUUAAUGCUUAUUAUAUAUUCUUCUAGCAACUUGAUAGAAAAGUCUUUUUUUGAAAUAUUAACUGAAAUAACAGUUUUUUGUUUUUUCUUUUGUUUCUUUCUAAUGUAACUCAAUCAGUCCCAAAAGAAAGUUUCUCUUUCCACAGAUAGGUCUGGUAGCAGUUUCCAGUAAGCGAAGCUCAGCUAUGAAACCUCACAGACUUUGAUGCAUGAGUGGAAAAAAGGACGUAAUGGUGUGAAAUGUUAAAGUGGCAUGUAGUCGAUCAUCUCCCUGAGGUAUCUUCUUUAGUCUGUUUUCUUUCGUUUGUCUUAUUUAGUUUUUUCUUCACUGACUACGUUUACAUGCACAUAAUAUUGCGCUUUUUGCCCUUAACACGAAAAAAAGACACCAUUACAACUAUGCUGUUCACAUGGCUAAUGAAAACUAAUAUUCCUGCUUACGUGCAGCCGUGCAAAAUACGAUUUUUUUCACCAAGUGUUCCACCGGUGGCGGACUUGUUGGAGAGCGUGAACACAACCUCCCUGUUUGAUCCCUUCAACCAUCUUCUUGAAAACGUUGACGAUGUGAUGAGUGCGCACACUCAAAAACCUGUAGAUAUCCAAGUCUUUCAUAACGUUUCAACAAGUAGCUGUGUUUCUCCGUCUUUAUAUUUUGACCGUGCCUCUCUACCGCAGCCUUGCAAACGCUUGGCUGGUUGGUUUAUGUGCAGUAACCAUAGCAACGCACAGAGCUCACCGUAAGCCGUAAACGCACAGGAGGCCGUAAACGGUCACAAACUGUGUUUUUAAAAAACCCCGAUUGACACAAAUAUUCUAAAUACGUUGUAUACAUGUCCAAAGAAUGAAUGAUGCCGGAAUAUCAAACAUCUUAAUCCAAAAAUAUUCGGAAUAUCCAAACCGAAUAUGCUGUUUACGUAUCAUUGUCAUAUUGUGAAUAAUCGUGGAAUAUUAACGUGCAUGUAAACCUACUCAAUGCCUCCUAACUUUAAUCUUUAUAAAGCGAAUAAUGUGUUUGAGAGGUGUUAUACAAACAUUUGUGUUUUUGUAUAAUGGACAAGGUUGUAAAGUAACAGUGUAAAGUAUCCCAGGAGUUUGUAAAUAUGUAUGUAAAGAAACUAUGUGGAACGUCUUCUUUUGUGCAAAUACAUUUGUAACAUUUUUCCCAACAGUGUGGUAGUUUUCUUACCUUGGACUCUCGAGGUCAGAUCAAAUAUCACAACGGAAAUCCAUCUUGUCAGGCUUCAAAUAAUCCUUAUGUGUUCGCUUGUUCGACCGAUCAGAAAAUCUGAUUGAGCAAAUGUGAAAUUUUGAAGAUAAGAAAGAAACUGCUGGAUUAAAACUGAAAUGACCUCCUUUA